AUGGCCGAAGUUUUCACCAAAGACACCACAGAUAUCGACUCCAAAGCCCCCGAUGAACCAAGUCUUGAAGCCCAGCGUGAUGUCCUUCUGGAUGAAUUCCAUGAAAAUCAAUUAGCUCGACACCAUCCGAGCUCAGAUUCUGGAAUGAAAACAUUUGCUACUCCUGGAUUUCUCGAAUGUGACUGCGCUUCUGCCACCAAGAGAGGUCGAUACAACGAGAUCGUUUGCGGGGCCCACAAGUUGACGCUACGGAACUCACGACCACACCUGGAGUCAAUCGAGUUCUCCCAGAAACUCGCUUCACUUGCAGAACAAAACUCGCCGUUGUCAAAGUCGAUGACACUGCUACCUUCAAGACGUGCUGCAAUUGAAUCAUCAGGUGAAGAAUUGGAUUCAGUGCUGCUGAGAGCUUCUAAAAGCACAAGUUCUCUUCGCCAACAACACAACUUUACUACCGAGCCUAGUAUUUCGUUGUUACCUUCACUACACCCGAAGACCACGAUACGCCCGCAUACUGAUGGUGGAGUUGUAGAAAACGUUAGUGAACGUAAAACUAGUUUCUCGCUUACAUCGCUGGCGCUUGACGCUCCAACGACACUUCCACUAGAGGAAGCUCAGAAGAUGCUCGAACUGUACAACAAAAUCAUUCGUUUAAAUGCUGAAACUCGAAAGAACAUGGGGAUCAUGUACACACGACGAUCAACGCUGUUGGCAGCAAUGGGAGAUUAUUCAGCAGCGUUGCAAGAUGCAGAACAGGUAGUGUUCUUGGAUCCAAAGUCGACCGUUGGAUACUAUCGCAAAGGCUGUGCACUGUGUGGUCUUGGUCGGUUUGCAGAGGCAAGCAGAGCCUUUCAGCAAGGACUAGCGUUCGAUGUCAACUGUCGAUACCUGCACCAUGGACUUCAACUAGCUCUCAACCAUUCACGGUAUAAUUACUAGGCAAGCAAAACACAAAUGUACUAACUGGUGCAGAAAUUAUUAUCAACCAACACUAAUGUCA